GCUGGACCCGCGAGAGAGAAACCUCUGUUCCUCACUGCAGCUUUGAAAGGAAGUUACCACCUCUUCCCCACCACUUUGCACAUACACAGACACACACAUGCACACUCGGGAUUUGACCACAACAGGGACUGUGAAACAGCAAGGACACCACGUAAUGUGUUUUGGAGGUAAAAAGAAAAGGAGCAAGCAGUCCCCGGCUGAACUGUGAGAACUGAAGAACUUAAGCGCAGUGCUCAGUCUCAUCACUUACCGGGUGGCCAAAUGAACUGUUUUGCCUGAGGACCAAAGAUCACAGGCCUUGAUCCACUGGAGAGUCAGACGGAGGAGCCAGAUCUGCUGCUUUUCUUUACAUUAUGAGCUGAGACUGACGACUUGAUCUGGGAUUUUUAUUUUUUUGAAAAUUCCACGUGCUUUUUUAGGAGAGAGAAUAAGAAUAACCAUGGAUGUGAAGAAAAAAGAAAUGGACCUUUUGAGCAACAGCAUAGCUGCACUGGCGCAUAUCAGAGAUAAUCCAGAGAGCUUUGGCCUUUACUUCGUUCUCGGCGUGUGCUUCGGCCUGGUGCUAACCCUCUGUCUCCUGGUCAUCCAAAUCUCCUGCAAGCCGCGGACCAACAUCAGCCCCUCAGCACUUGAGAAGAAGCCACUGAAAAUUCCUAAUGAGGAUGAAGAGGAGAGUGAUGAUGAGGAAGAAGAGGAGGAAGAAGGUGACGAGCUUGAGGCGCAGAUCCCCUUGCCCAGCACUGAAAUCCCUGUCGGUAACCACGUGGGCCAGCAGUCAACAGAUGGGAGCCUGAGUGUGAAUGUUUUUACAUCAGCCGAGGAGCUGGAACGGGCCCAGCGCCUGGAGGAGAGAGAACGGAUCAUCCGGGAGAUCUGGAGGAAUGGCCAGCCGGAUAUUCUCGGAUCGGGAACGGGAACAAUUGGAAGAGUGCACUACUAUUGAGAUUAAAGCUUCAAGAGAAACACUGUGGAGGAGCUACAAAGACCACUUGGGGGACCCUUGAUGCCUUUGAAGAAAAAUUACUUGUGGAAUAGGAAAAUCACGGUGUCGUGUUUGAUAAACUCUGACAGAGCUAAACUCUGAGAUAUUGCACUUCUUGCGUAGCAUCCUAUGUUAUUGAUUGACUUUGUUUAAUUAAAACAGAUGUCUUACAGGUAUUUUUCCCCUCUGUUGAUAUGCGUUUUGAAUGUGGGAGUGGAAGGAUAUUUGGUUAUAACUCAGCCUUAUCAAUAAAUGGUGCUUCAUAUUUUCUGGCUGUAGUGUGUAAAAAGCUAAAAAA